AUGGCACCACCCCCUCAGACUGAACACAGUGAUCUGUGCAUGGCCCCGCCCCCUCAGACUGAACACAGUGAUCUGUGCAUGGCCCCACCUCCUCAGACUGAGCACAGUGAUCUGUGCAUGGCACCACCCCCUCAGACCGAACACAGUGAUCUGUCCAUGACCCAGCCCCCUCAGACCGAACACAAUGAUCUGUGCAUGGCCACGCCCACUCAGACUAAACACAGGGAUCUGUGCAUGGCCCCACCUCCUCAAACUAAACACAGUGAUCUGUGCCUGGCACCACCCCCUCAGACUGAACACAGUGAUCUGUCCAUGACCCCGCCCCCUCAGACGGAACACUGUGCUCUGUGCAUGGCCACGCCCCCUCAGACUGAACACAGUGAUCUGUGCAUUGCCCCACCUCCUCAGACUGAACACAGUGAUCUGUGCAUGGCACCGCCCCCUCAGACCGAACACAGUGAUCUGUCCAUCACCCCGCCCCCUCACACUGAACACAGUGAUCUGUGCAUGGCCCCGCCCCCUCAGACUAAACAGUGA